UGCAGAUAACCCCCUCCGCUUUCCCUCUUUUCCCCUUGUCUGUUCAGCAUCGUCGAGAUCGCCGGCGGUUCGCGGACUCCAACCAGGACCAACCGACCAUGGAGAAAGGCGGCGCCGGGAACGCGGCGGCAAGACGGAUGGCCAGGCUGGCGUCCCACCUCCACCCGUCCACCUCACAGAUGGAGGAGGUGUCCAUCCUGAGGGGCUACAAUUGCCGUGCAAAAGGCGCAGCACCAGGAUUCAAGGUUGCAGUCUUGGGUGCGUCUGGUGGGAUUGGCCAGCCGCUCUCGCUGCUCAUGAAGAUGAACCCUCUCGUUUCGGUGCUCCAUUUAUAUGAUGUCGUCAACAUGCCUGGUGUUACCGCUGACAUUAGCCACAUGAACACCGGUGCUGUGGUACGUGGCUUCUUGGGCCAGCCACAGUUGGAAAAUGCUUUGACAGGGAUGGAUCUUGUGAUCAUUCCUGCCGGUAUCCCUCGGAAGCCUGGCAUGACAAGGGAUGACUUGUUUAACAUCAAUGCUGGAAUCGUCCGGACUCUUUGCGAAGGAAUUGCAAAAUGCUGCCCAAAUGCAAUUGUGAAUGUGAUCAGUAACCCUGUCAAUUCUACUGUUCCAAUUGCUGCUGAAGUAUUUAAAAAGGCUGGGACGUACGAUCCUAAGCGUCUAUUGGGGGUGACAACACUUGAUGUAGUGCGAGCCAAUACUUUUGUGGGAGAGGUUCUUGGACUUGACCCCAGAGAUGUCAAUGUUCCUGUUGUUGGUGGGCAUGCGGGAAUUACUAUAUUACCACUCCUUUCACAGGUGAAUCCUUCCUGUUCGUUUACCUCGGAAGAAAUUAGUUAUCUCACUUCUCGCAUACAGAACGGUGGGACAGAAGUUGUUGAGGCAAAAGCAGGAGCAGGAUCAGCAACUCUUUCUAUGGCGUAUGCAGCAGCAAAAUUCGCAGAUGCUUGCUUAAGAGGAUUGCAUGGUGAUGCUGGGAUAGUAGAGUGCUCUUAUGUAGCUUCUCAGGUGACGGAGCUGCCUUUCUUUGCAUCCAAAGUGCGCCUAGGUCGAUGUGGCGUUGAGGAGAUCUUGCCACUUGGUCCACUGAACGAGUUUGAAAGAGCUGGACUGGAGAAGGCGAAGAAAGAGCUGUCCGAGAGUAUCCAGAAGGGCGUCUCUUUCAUCAACAAAUGAGUAUCUGUAUGUACACACCUUCUUCGGACUUGGAACUAAUGUCCCAACUCCAACACAGAAAUCCAAAUCCAAAUCCAAAUGCACAUGCUGUAUGCUUUUGCCUCCUGGAAACAGUCGCCCUAUGAUGUAUGAUGUAAUCUCCCUGUAAACCUUUAUACGUGAUACACGAGUUAAUAAUAAUCUUUACUGUCUUGGCAAAUGUAA